AUGGACUUUACGAUUUAUGGAUGGGUAUACUACCAAACGGACGGCGCCCUGGGGACAAACAAAAUAGGACGAUGGUUGGGAGUGUCACAAAGAACGGGUCCAAUGAUGACGUAUUGGAUAUUACCAAAGAGUGGCCGCCCAAUCUCGACUGACACAGUCCAGAACAUCACAGAAACAGAGAAACAGACCGACGUGGUCAAAGAACAAAUGGCGCAAUGGACAACUGAUGUAUCCAAAAUCCUUGAUGCAAGGACAGGAGACAUCAGUUGGGGGAAAGAUGAGAUACCGCCACAAUUGAUGUUUGACCUUGAAUUGGAAGACAAAGAAUUCAAAUGCAACUUCAACAAGUUGAUCAAGGCCGACGAUGUUGACAAUGGUACGCUCCAGGGGACCACAGAGACUGACGACAUCAAUGCACAGAACUACGUCAACAUGGAGACUGGCCUAAGACGGGGACAAGAAGGGGAGUUGCAACCUGCAGUUGUACACAGGAGACUUGUUGAUGCAGAAGGAAACCCAAUGGGUGUAGCAAACAACAACCAGUUACUUGACACAAGACAGUACAAAGUUGAAUACGAAGAUGGAAGCACCAAAGUGCUCGCUGCGAACUUGCUAGCAGAGAACUUAUUGGCACAAGUGGACGAACAUGGACACAGACACUUACUAAGGAAGAGAUCACGGAACAUUGUUCUGAUGAGGAGGCAGUAA